AACAAAUUAAUAGUACAAUAGAAACUUUGAGCAAUUCGCUGCUGAUCAGAAAAAUGCUUGAAGUGAAAAAGUGAAUUCCAAACUUUGUUAGAAAGUGCAAAAAAAAAGAUCUACAGAUGUUGCAAGGAUAUGGAAUUCAACUGGAUAAUAGAAUAUAUCGGCACAAGGAAAGAACUGAUGUUUUAUGGACUUUUAGGUUGCGAUACUUGACGGCUUUAAGCCACCUGCAAAGGAUGCGAGAAGGAUUUAAUGAUCGGUUACCUGGAGGCGGAACAUCUGGUUGUCCCUUCAACUGCCACGACAACUGUAAGGCUGAGGAAACACUGAUCCCAAUUUGUGAUGUACCUGCACCCAGGCGAGUGAAUCGUCCCAUGUGCGUUGUCUUUGACGAACUCGAUCCUAUAUCUGCACUCGAACAAAGCUUCGAUUUGGCUGCUGCCAGCACUUCUCAAUCCACGCAAACUAUAUUCGUGGAACACAAAUCUACACAGACUGUGGAAAGUGUCUAUAAGCCAAGUAAAGUGCGGGAUGAGUAUACACAGGUGGAAGAAAGCUACUUAGAGACUCACAAAAAGAAAAGGUUGAAGAAACUAGAUGAUAUUAAACCAGCUCCAUCCUACUAUGUAUCCAAUCACAGCAGAACCAAGGACUUUUCAGCACCCCUUAAUCCUAAGCAAACAAAUGUUCUACAGAAAAUGCAUUUCUGGCGAAGAAACCACUCCGAAAUGCCGCCAUUAACCACAGUGGACAGUCAAAUAGAUACGAAUACUUUGACAGUGUCCGAAACACAUAUCAUGAUGAAAAAAGAAAUGAGAGAAAAGAGUCAAGAAAAGGAAACGGAACAGACGAGUUGCUUAAAUUGCCAACAAGUGCCGGAAAUUUAUAUAAAGUUGAAUGAAUUAUUACUAAAAUUCGACAGACAAGAGGCACAAGUGAAAGAAUUGCAAGAUGCAUUGAAAUCCAUGAAGUUGCAACGAGAAAAUCAGGAUCCUCUGAUCACAAUUCGCAUGCGUGAUGCCUGCACAUCAACAGAUCCAAUAAUCAUAUAUAAUGCCUUUGCAAAUCUAAAAAGUCCAAUGUCGGAAGCCAAAGCAUUUUUGGAAAAUCCGCGCUCUAAAGUCGAAUUUGCAGUUCAAUCGACUUCGAAUUUUCUUCUGCAAAGUAAAGACUCCAGUGAAUGUCAGCUGUGCUCGGAAAAACUGCAGCCCGUGCUCAGUGAUCUUAUUGCCGAAGUGUUGCGAUUAAAGGCACAACGAAGAUUUGAUGAUAUCAUGUUAACUGUCUUGCUUCGAGCUGACAAUAUCUAUCAUGUGAAUGUCCAGGAGCGAAAAUCAAAGCGGAGUCUAGGCUGUAUUUUGGUUACUCAUGCAGCUAUCGAGAAAGCCUUCCAUAAGGGAUUCUUCAAUCAGAUUCUCACCUAUUCAGUGACCGAUGUGCGACAUACGAUCAAGUCAACGGGUCGUCCUUUUGGCAUUCCCUUCGAGUUUGUUUCAACUGAGGAAGCUACGCAGAGUGUAAAAAAAGACGAGGAAGACGACAGGCCCCGUGAUUACAGAGUCUGCGAAUUUAUCACCAAAGUUCUAAGAAUGCCAACAGAUUAAAUUAUAUUAUACAUUGCUAAA